UUCGUGGUCGAGUGUCGCCGCGAUUGAGAGCUUUCACUUUAUAUACGAGGCUCUUUGAAACAACAUUUUAAAGACAAGAGAGAAAUAAUUUCAAAUUUCUACAAGAAAAUUAAUCGCCAAAACGAUUUUAAGUAACACGUGUUAGAUUUAUCAAUGACUGACUGUUUGCUGCAAGUGCAGCAGGACUUUGACCGUCCGAGAAUGGCAGAUUCAACAAAGAUGAGAUCGCGACAAGAAAGUACCGAAAGUGUCACCUCUUCGAAUGCCACCGAAGGUUCUUGUGAAGAUGAUAAGGAUAAUGAAAUGGAUGAUUUACAUAUUAUUAAAACAGUGGGAACUGGUACAUUUGGGAGAGUACUUUUAUGUCGUAAUAAAUCCACGGAUGAAUACUCCGCAAUGAAAAUUUUAAACUUAGCCGAUGUUAUAAGAUUAAAACAAGUUGAACAUGUUAAAAACGAGAAGAAUAUUUUAUUGGAAAUCAAUCAUCCUUUCAUCGUAAACUUAUUUUGGUGCCAUAGAGAUGAUACAAGUAUUUAUAUGCUUUUCGAAUAUGUUUGUGGAGGAGAAUUAUUUUCGUAUUUAAGAAACGCAGGAAGAUUUAGUACUCAAAAUGCAAAUUUUUACGCUUGCGAAAUUAUAUCGGCUGUAGAUUAUUUACACUCGAAGAACAUUGUUUAUAGAGAUUUAAAACCUGAAAAUCUUCUUCUUGAUAAAGAGGGUCAUUUGAAAAUAACCGAUUUUGGAUUUGCUAAGAAAUUAACCGAUCGAACGUGGACUCUUUGCGGAACACCUGAAUAUUUAGCACCGGAAAUCAUUCAAAGUAAAGGACAUAAUAAAGCUGUUGAUUGGUGGGCUUUAGGAAUUCUUAUUUAUGAAAUGUUGGUUGGUUAUCCACCCUUUUACGACGACAAUCCAUUUGGAAUUUAUGAAAAAAUUUUAAGCGGAAAAAUUGAAUGGGUUCGGCACAUGGAUCCCGUUGCGAAAGAUUUAAUCAAAAAAUUAUUGGUUCAAGAUAGAACGAAGAGAUUAGGGAAUAUGAAAAGCGGUGCAGAUGACAUUAAAAGGCAUAGAUGGUUCAAAGGAAUCGAUUGGCAAGAUGUCAUCAUGCGUAAAUUAAAGCCUCCCAUUGUACCGAAGAUUUCUAAUGAUGGAGAUACAAGUAACUUUGAUGAGUAUCCCGAAGUUGACUUUAGAACAGCAAGACCUUUGGAAGAAGCCGAAUUGAAGCAAUUUGAAGAUUUCUAAAGGGAAAACGACGGUUUUCUUAACUAUUUUAAUGUGAUAUGUAACAAUAACCUGGUUGACUUUUGUUUUAUUAUUAUAAUUUUUUUUAUUAGUCAGAUAAGUUUUUGUUUGUUGAUUUAUUAGUGUAAAUAACUAGUUAGGGUGAAGUAUGUGAUGUGUGUGUACAUAGAAGAAAAAAAUUAAAUUAUACUUCCUUUUCAAUUAUUUUCAAUUAAUUAAAAUGAUUUGUAAAGUAAUA